AAGCUGACAGGUGGUAUAGGCAGCAAGAGGCAGGGGAUCUACUGUCUGGAGGUGGUUCCUGGUUCACCUGCCUGUGAGGAAGGCAGCGUCCAACCAAACGACAGGAUCCUGUACAUCUGUGGCCGAUGCACCAUGGGAAUGACUUUGGAGGAUGCUGUCAAGGCCUGUGAGAACGCUCCACGCAAAGUGAAACUCAAGGCCACCAGAGAUGAUCAGCCUGUGACGCCCAAAGCCAAGAGGAAUGGUCUCAGUGACCUGAGAGAGUGGAAGAAGGAGAAGGAAUUGAAGUAUUUCACUCAUUUUGAGGAACCUGCCUUUCCUGAGCCAGAGACACCUACAGAGCAGGCUAAAGCCGUGACCGAGACCACUGGGAAAUUCAGAUCACGUCUCUUUGUCACCUCAGAUCAAGAUAGCGGUAUCUUGCAGAUAGAUGUCUGUAAGCCAGAGGGAGGGUGGCUGGGCUUUGCUCUGAUUGGAGGAUGCAAUGGGAGCGUGCUCAGAGUGAAGAAGAUCUGCACUGGAGGCGUGGCCCAGCAAGACGGGCGGCUCAGAGUGGGAGACAUACUGCUCGAGGUGAAUGGGAUAAUAGUAUCAGGUCUGAGCCACAGUAAGGUGGUGGAUAUCCUUCGUAAGGUAAAGGGAAACGUCCAGCUCAUCAUCUGUAGAGACAUCAUACCACGGGUCAAUACAGCACCCUGCACUGAUGGUUCCUUCUAUAUGGCCUCUUGCCCUAGAGACAACAUGGCCGCCUGCCCUGGAUCAAAUACGGCCUCCUGUCCUGGAUCAGGAUCCAAUAUGGCCUCCUGUCUUGGAUUAAAUAUGGCCUCCUGUCCUGGAUCAAAUAUGUCCCCUUGUCCUGGGUCAAAUAUGAUGACCUGCCAAGGAGUCAACAUGGCUAUCAGCACUGGGUCAAAUAUGGCCUCCUGUCCUGGAUCACAUGUGACCGCCUGCCCUGAAGCCCAUAUGGGGGAUAAAGCGGAGCUUGUCUCUAACCCUGCUGCCUGCUCCUUACCUGAUGUCCAGCAGGAGGACCUUCCCCCUGAGUUGACUUCAGAUCCAGUACCCUAUGUAGAGGAGGAUAUUAUCCCCCUUUCUCCCCCCCACCUCUCUCCUCCCCAUCAUCCCGCACACCGCCUGCAGGCCCUGACAGGGGGCAUGGCUGGACAGGAGAGCUGUAACAGUACACCCUCUCAUCAGGCUUGCUGCCUGUCUAGCAAGAGUGUGACUAACUUGCUGUAUGAAGCCUCUGACAGGAACCAAAUUUCUGUGACGACAUUGGGCGAACCCAUCAUGGGCAGCAAGAAAACCCAAUCAGACGGCUGGAGCAGCGAGGAUGAGGAUGAUGGGACGUUUGAAGCUAAUGGUCAGGAGACGAUGUCACCUUCCUCAGGCCCACCUAUAAUUUCAGAAGAAGAGUUGGCCAGCCUAGCCAUGAUCAGUCCAGCUAAAACCAGUCAAUACUCUGGGCCCAGAGUGAAAGCCCUGAUACAGAUGAUACAACAUCAACUAGACCAGCAAGAACUGGUCCAAGAGUUCAUGGCCUUGGAGCAUCUAAAGCCAUUUGAUAACUGUCUGGUGGGGAAAGCUCCUGAGAACCGGGAGAAGAACCGCUACCAGGACAUCCUGCCCUAUGAUAAGACGCGUGUUCUAGUGGGUGAUAACCAGGACUAUAUUAACGCCAGUUAUAUCCGUAUGGAGGUUGGCAGCGAGGAGUUCUUCUAUAUCUCCUGCCAGGGUCCUCUGCCCUCCACCGUGCCCGACUUCUGGCAGAUGGUCUGGGAGAACAGGUCUGAUGUGAUAGCCAUGAUGACCCAGAAUGUGGAGAGAGGCAGGGUGAAGUGUCACCGCUACUGGCCAAAGAAGGUUAGCUGUCCCCUGGACACGGGACGCUUCCAUCUCAGCCUGGAGAACCAGCAGAUCCAGGAAUACUUCCACAUCAGGAUCAUCCGCAUGGUGGAGAAAGAGUCUGGUAAGACCCACUUUGUCCGUCACCUGAAGUUUACCCGUUGGUCUGACCACGGUGUGCCGCAGUGUUCAGAGCAGCUGGUCAGGUUUAUCCGUUACCUCCGAGCGGUCCACCAUAAAGGACCUGUCACUGUACACUGUAGUGCUGGAAUAGGACGAACAGGAGUACUGAUCUGCACCGAUGUCAUACUGAGUCUCAUAGAAUACGAUCUCCCGAUCAAGGUCAGCAGCAUUGUUAGGGAGAUGAGACUGCAGCGAUAUGGCAUGAUUCAGACCAAGGAACAGUACUUGUUUUGCUACAAGGUAUGGUUGGAGGUUCUACAGGGCAUCCUGCAGCUGCAUGGUAACCGAUGGCAUCCUGAGAGCCCCCACAAAUUGUAACCCGAGAGCCCCCGCAAACUUAUGGGCCCUCACAUACACAGUAACCGAUGGCAACCCGAGAGCUUCCCCACUUCCCAAAGAAGAUACCUUAUCAAUGAAGAUGAGUGAUAUUUGAAUAGUUGACUGUGUAAGUUAUACAUUUGUUAGCAGUUGAUUUUGUUAUGAGCACUGUAAGUAUGUGUUUUAGCCAACUACUUUAUUUGUUGUCAUGCCUAACAUGACUAUUAACAGUUGGCUAUAGCACAUAUAGAUGGAAGACCAGGCUAUGUUUCUGCAGUUUUGAUAUUUGGGUUAUGAAUUUAUUGAUGGAGGUAGACAUUCUUACUGUUGGUUCUUUCUUUGUUCUCAAACUGUGAUUAUAGUAUUUAAAAAAUUGUGAAAUAAAUGCAUGUUAAUCAUUUA